GGACCCAGCAGAAUAGGAUGACGGUGAAUCCUGCUAGUGUGCUGUGAAUGUGAAGCAGGAGGGACUGGCAGUUGGUGUGCAGGAGGGAAAGCGAAUCGGUCCAGGCCCCCCAGGAUUAGCAGACUAAAGAAAGGAGAGAAAGAAAGUACAGCAGAAAAACUAAGACAUAUUUCUCCAGUAGGAUUUCAAGGGGUAAAGCCUGCUUGUCUGGACUGCAAGGAGGUACCCUACACGCACACAGAAACAUUCCCUGAAACUGGUGACACCAUAGUUCAGCCUCUCUGUUGGUGAGAAGGGUUCCACCCAACACUGCAACAAUGAAUUUUCUCCGAAGGCGUCUCUCAGACAGUAGUUUUGUGGCAAAUUUGCCCAAUGGCUACAUGAUGGACUUGCAGCGCCCUGAGAGCUCCACAAGCUCCCCAGUUUCUCCUGCCAUGGAGAGAAAGCAUCCACAGCCACCACAGCCCUCACAGUCUUCCUCUACUGGCACAAGCAUCUUCAGCUCCAUCUCUAGCGCCAUGAAGCAAACCACACAAGCAGCUGCAGGACUAAUUGAUCACUCGACUAGCCCCACACCAGUUGUGGCCCAGAAACCCAAGAUCCUCCUGGUGAUCGACGAUGCACAUACAGACUGGGCCAAAUAUUUCCAAGGGAAGAAGGUGAAUGGAGAGUUUGAUAUCCGAGUGGAACAGGCUGAGUUCUCCGAGCUGAACCUGGCUGCUUAUGUUGUGGGCGGCUGCAUGGUGGACAUGCAGGUCAUGAGGAACGGCACCAAGGUGGUCAGGUCCUUCAAGCCUGACUUUGUCCUAAUCCGGCAGCAUGCCUACAGCAUGGCGCUGGGAGAGGACUUCCGCAGCCUCAUCAUUGGCCUCCAGUACGGUGGCAUCCACACGGUCAACUCUCUCUACUCCAUCUACAACUUCUGCAGCAAGCCCUGGGUGUUCUCCCAGCUGAUUAAAAUCUUCAACUCACUGGGUCCUGAGAAGUUCCCCCUCGUGGAGCAAACGUUCUUCCCAAGCCAUAAGCAGAUGAUCACGACUCCAAAUUUCCCUGUAGUGGUCAAGCUGGGACAUGCGCAUGCUGGAAUGGGGAAGGUCAAAGUUGAGAACCAGCAUGACUUCCGGGACAUAGCCAGUAUUGUAGCCAUGGCAAAAACCUAUGCCACUACUGAGCCAUUCAUUGACUCCAAGUACGACAUCCGCAUCCAGAAAAUCGGAAGCAACUACAAGGCUUACAUGAGGACGUCCAUCUCUGGAAACUGGAAGGCAAACACAGGUUCUGCAAUGCUAGAACAGAUUGCAAUGACAGAGAGGUACAGACUCUGGGCAGAUGCCUGCUCAGAAAUGUUUGGAGGUCUUGACAUCUGCGCUGUCAAAGCUGUCCACAGCAAAGACGGAAAAGACUAUAUAAUUGAGGUGAUGGACAGCUCAAUGCCUCUGAUUGGGGAGCAUGUGGAAGAGGACAGACAGCUUAUAGCCGAUCUGGUUGUUUCCAAAAUGACUCAGCUUGCCAUCACCGCUGGAUCUACUCCAUCACCACUGAGACCCUGGCCUCCACAGGUCCAGCCUGCCUCGGCAAAAUCUCAGACUGGACCUCAGCUUGGACAACUGUCUCAACCACGGCCUCCUCCCCAAGGUGGGCCACGCCAGCCUCAGGGACCUCAGCCUCCAUGGACAAAUGCACCUCCACAGCAGCGGCUCUCUCCUCAAGGACAGCAGCCCCAAAGUCCCCAGUCCACUUCACCUCAGCAGCAAAGGUCACCUGGAUCUCCACAGCAAGUUCGAUCAGCAACUGGGUCCUCUCCAGUCCAGGCUUCCAAGGCUGGCAUGUUCCCUCCACAGCAGCCUAGACCUCCUGCUCAAGGCCGGGCUCCCACCCAGCCAAGCCCCACUGAAACAUCCAAGCAGCAAGCCACCCCACAACCACAUCUGAACAAAUCGCAGUCCUUGACAAACACCUUCAGCUUAUCUGAAUCAUCUCAGCGAGGAAAUGCCAACGAAGACGAAGCAAAAGCUGAGACCAUCCGCAACCUAAGGAAAUCAUUUGCUAGCCUGUUUUCCGAUUAACAGCCCUGCAGCUGGAUCUGUGCUUUUGUCAGCCCUCACUCUUCAUAUCAGCGUACCUGAUGUCAUCCUGGAACACGCUCAGUGGUACCCAGCGAUUCACAAUUAACACCUGGGUAAAAGGAACUUGGUAAAUCUAUUGUUGUUUUAAUACAAAGAAAAUGUAAUAAUGGCCUGAAAAGUGACUGUAUAGAAAUGCAUUAUUUCAUUAGGUUUUGUGCAUAAUCAGAACCACAUCUGUUCAAAUGACUGAUUUGUAAAGCAAAUUUUACUCUUGAUAACCCCUGUGGAACAAAUACAGUUACAACAAAGCAAACUAGGAUUUUAUUUUGAUUUGUAUAUAGUCAUUACAACUGCCGAUUUCCAAUUACUGAACUCUUGUUGUGGUCAAGCUAAUAUAUAUAUAUAUAUAUAUAUAUAGGCUUAUUUCCAAAACAGAUGUGCAAAGACUGAGUCGAGUAAGUAUUCAUUGAUUGAUAAAGUAAGCAUGCUUGAGUAUGGAAACACAGUGAACUGUGGAACUUCAUGAUACCAACUAUACAAAAGUCACUUUUCAGAGCAAAACUACAUUCAAGUUAAAUACGGUACCAGACAUCUGUAAGUGCUGAAGAUCACAUGAGCAGGUCAUCCAGAUGGACUGCUGUUUUUUUCCAGAGCACUCUGCUCAAAGCAGAUAAAACAUCUCUGUUUCAUUUUUUGCAUUUAUGUCCCCUGCACAUGAUUCCUGACUUCUGAGAUAAAAAUGUCAUGUUCUAACCCUGCAGCCUUAGCUCAAAAAUAACCUGAGAAAUGGGCCUUCCAGACAAAAAACAACUUCUUCCCCUGCCCCUGGAAAACCAGAGUUCACGUUCGCAGUUCACACAAAUUCCAGACAAAACCCAGCUAAACUCCAAGUACUUUGGUGACUUGGUCACAUCUGGAUAAAUAUGUCCCCCAGGAAUAUGCUUAAUUAAUAGCAGAGCUGAUGAAGUGCACAUACUUGUUUGCUGAGUGUUCCAUAAUACCGAAUGGACAGAGACAUGGAGUGAAAUCCUGUCUCCCUCCUUGAACUCCCACUGACUUCACUAGGGUGACUGCAAAAUGAAUGCAAGGUGACAAACCUGCAAUAGAACAAGAAAACUAUCCUUUCAAAAUAAGAUAAGCUGGGGACCAACCAGCAACACCAAGCUCUGGGAGGGCAUUGUAUGGGACUGCUCCAAGCAGUUAAUGGUCAGUAUUAGUCCUCCUGAACCACACCCAAGAAUUAUUCUUCCAGAGAAAACAAAGAAGGACCUUUGCCAGGUGUGUUUUUCCUCUACGCUUGUAACAUAUAAUGAAGCUGUAAGCACAUGUACUAGAAGUGGGACAUGGCAAAAAUCAGGAAUGACAUUCAUGAUUGAGAAAAACACCUUGAGUAAGUCAAUCUAUCUACAGUUAUUUCUACCAGCUAAAAAGCUACCUGUAGCACUCUGCUAGUUCUGUGUAUGCCACACCUAAUUCAGGUGCCAGUUCCCAUCCCAUCCUACCUCCUCCACUUUUCUUGAAGUUUUGUGAAGUACUUCAGUCACAAACCAUGCACACAGCUCCAAGGCCAGACCUUUGGCUUUGUACUUCCCUUGGCAACUUCACCUUGAUGACACUUGGGAACAUCCACGGAGAUCAGCAAAUUAAAAGCAUUUGAGCCAAUGGCACAGAUCUUUGCUGUGACUUACAACACGGAGAUCCCCAAAGUAGCAAAAGCAACAGCAGCAUUUGCUAUGUUGAAUCUGACGAUUCACUGGUGGGGAAUACAGCCAAACAACCAAUUCCUUCCUGCACAGCACCUGCAACAAACAUCUAAAUCCAAUGCAGUCAUCUGGACCUUGUACGACCUACACCUGA